AUGUCUGGAAUCGGUAAUAUGGGCAAGCAUGCACUCAGAGUAGCAAAGAACUACACAAAGGGCUACUCUGAUACUCAAACAAAAGUCAGAACAGCCACCUCUAAUGACCCCUGGGGCCCAUCUGGCACUCAGAUGAAUGAAAUCGCCACAUUGACUUUCAAUCAACAAGACUUCAUCGAGAUCAUGGAAAUGUUGGAUAAACGAUUGAACGAUAAAGGCAAGAAUUGGAGACAUGUCUUCAAAGCUCUCACCUUACUUGAUUACCUUCUCCACGGCGGAAGCGAGAACGUCGUACUCUAUUUCCGUGAAAACGUGUACAUCAUCAAAACACUCAAAGAAUUUCAAUAUAUUGACGAAUAUGGGAAGGAUCAAGGCGCCAAUGGCAAGUCAAAGGCUAAGGAUAUCUCAAAUCUUCUGUCCGAUGAAUCUCGUCUACGAGAAGAAAGAAGGACAAGAGCUCACAUGCGAGAUCGAAUGGUCGGCCGCCGAAAUAGCUAUGACGAUGAUAACGAUAUGCCUCGUCGAGCGAGGAGUGUACCACCCACUCGUCAUCCAAAUAACAUGGAAGACUCCGAACUUCAACGUGCCCUCGAACUUUCUAAAUUAACUGCGGCUCAGGAGGCCGAACGAAAUAAGAAGGUACCUACGGACCCGGAACUAGAGGAGGCGAUGCGUCUGAGUCGAGAGGAGGAAGCCAGGAGACUCCAGAACCAGCCCGAUCCGAAUGCCCUGGCCUUAUUCGAUGAUGGUCACGAAUUACAUAACAAUAACGCCAACCAGAUCGACUUGAUCGACACCUCAAUUCCUAUCCAACAAACUGGCUAUCAACCUCAAUUUGCUUCCUUCAACCCAUAUGCCCAACAACAAGAAGAAUACAUGCGACAACAACAACAGAUUGCGAUCCGAGUCGGUGACUGA